AUGGACUCCAGCUCGGUGUGCGGUGUCCAGAGGAGUCUGAGUGUGCUGGACCGGCUCCUGCUGACCCACUCCAUCUGGCUCCAGCUCUCCGUCGCCACGGACACCGCCGUCAACAUCCUCCAGAGGGAACCCGUGGGGACAUUUAUGGUGUGUAAGUGUGUGUCGGCCCAUAAGAAGGUCCUGUGUGUGAGAAUCGGCACUGACAACUCCACCUCGGCCGUCAAGCAGCAUCGCAUUCGAGAGGAGGAGUCCACGUUUGCACUGGAGGGCUCAGCCUUGAGUUUCCCAGACCUGUGCAGACUCGUGGCCUUCUACUGUGUUAGCAGGGAUGUGUUGCCCUUUCCCCUGGAGCUUCCAGAGACCAUCGCUCAGGCCUCCUCACACACACAGCUGGAGGCCAUUUCACACCUGGGCUCAGAAUUCUGGAGCUCUCAGACACCACCUCCUCUUCCUCCUCCUCCACUUCCUCCUCCUCAGCACCACCAGCAUCACCAUAGGCCGACGCCCUGUUUCAUCAACCCGCUCUUCCUGCAACCCCCCGACCCCCCUGAGGAGCGCGCCGCCUCCAGCAAGCGCCACCGCUUCCGCCGCAGCCUGCGCGUGCGUGUCUCCACGGAGACCUCCCUCAGCUUAUCGUCGGGCGGCGAUUCGGGGGCGGGCAGUGGCAGCGGCGCUGGGAUUGGUGCAGGAGGCGGAGGAGGGCGGGAGCAGAGGCAGCAGUUAGCCAAUCACACGGUGCAGAGGAUGCUGAAGAGGAGCCCGGCCAUGUCGCCCACCUCUGAGGAGGAGGACGAGAUCAUGGCACAGCAUGCAUACCAGGACCCUGCUAGUGGUGAUGUGGGCAGCGUGGACCAUGAGCCUGGUGAGGAGACCAGCUGCACUGUGGAGGACGCCUGCCUGUCGCUGCAGACCACCCGGGCACCAUCGCUGGCCGCGCUGGACAGCAACAGCUCCUUCAGCAGCCUGGAGGAAGAUGACGACGACUAUUACGAGACCGGCGAGUCAACGAUGAGCCACCACGGUCGCAGCAUCCUCACCACGGCGACAACGGCCUCCUCCUCGUCCUCCUCGACAAUGUCCGUCACGUCGGCCAACUCGCAGCGGCCCUCUCUUAAGCGCAUGAGCGCGGCGUUCGUGUGCCUGUUCGCGCCCGAGCGGCGUGUGGCUCGCCUGGUGCUCCAGCUGUCCAGGGACCCCCGCUCCGCCUUCGGGGCCCUCGUGCAGGAGUUCCUGUGCGGGAAGAGGGCCCAGCUCACCGCCCUGCAGGGGGCGGGCGGUGGAGGAUCCACUGGUAAUGCUACUGCUACUGGGUCGGCUGCGGAGGCCCUCCAGGGGGUUCGUAAGUUCCUGACCCAGGCCAAGGGCUUCCUGCUGGGCUCUGGGGAGCUGGAGCCCCCCAUCGAGACACUGGUGCCCGAAAACGAGAAAGAUCUUGCUUUGGAAAAGGCCAUGUUUGGCUGCGUGUUGAAGCCUCUGCGAGUAGCUCUGGACAAAGCCCUCCAGGCCUCGGCCACCAACGACGGCUCUCUCGUCCGUCUCUCGGAGGGCAUGCGGGCGUGCCAGCCUGGGUGCCCGCGUCAGAAACUGGGAGUUCCGGAGGGCGUUGGGCUCCUGGACUGCGCCGGGGUGUCACGGGCACGGCGGAAGCUGGCGCUCAUGUCCCGGUCGCACUCGCCCAUCGACAAGGUGCUGCUCCUGCUGCAGGUCUGCAAGAGGGUGUACCAGAGCCUGGGGACACAGCCAGGACAGGAUGUGAUGUCAGAGCACUUCCUGCCGGCCCUGGCUUACGUGCUGGUGCACUGUAACAUGCCGCAGCUGCUGCUGGAGGUGCAGUACAUGAUGGAGCUGCUGGAACCCUCCUGGCUCACCGGGGAGGGUGGAUAUUAUUUGACGAGCACGUACGCCAGCCUAUGUCUGAUCCAGAGUCAUCCACAGGCCCCGCCCGUCGGCGGAAUGACGAGCGAGGCUCAAGAGAAACUGAGAGAGUGGAGCCAGCGAAGAGGCCAGGAGAGAUACACACACGCCACAACCAAUCAAAACCAGAGGCUGGUGCGAGUGUUGUACCAGGAAGGUGGCCAGAGCGUAGUGAGGACUCUGCACUGGGCGGAGGGGGAGCCGGCGUCGUCUCUGGCCCUGAGCUGCGCCACAGCUUUCGCCGUGAGCCAGCCGCAACGCUACGGCCUCUUCUGCCGCGCCCUCGCCGGCGAGAUGAAGCCCCUCCCACCGAACGCCCUCAUACACGACGCACAUGCCCACUCCGACAUGGGAGGAGGAGGCCUGCCCUCGCUGUCCUACCUGCGUGUGGAUCAUGACGCAGGGAAGGUCCGCCGCCUGACCAGAGGGGGCGCCGUGGAUUUGGGAGGCUCUGUCUGCGAGGAAUAGCAUCACUUGGGUGAAGGAAGAGAAUAUGUUGUACCAGGACUAUGGAAAACCAAGGUGGAAAUGUCU